AUGAAGGCCAUGCGGCACGAGAACGGCGUCGGCCUGUCCUUCGGAAUCGAGGAGAGGGACAUGUGGAGCGAGUACGUGAGCAAGUGGUAUCACGUGCCCACAGAGCUGUUCGACUGCUUCAUCCCGCCAGAGAAUUCGCCCCCCAUCGCAGGCACCGCCCCCAACGGCACCGGCUGCGGCGGCAACGUCGACUCGUCGUCCAUUUGCUACGCGACGCCCUACCAGUCCUCUCGCGUAUGCUUGGGUGCUCAGGCCGGCAUGCUAGGUGGACGCAUGUAUACCACCUUAGCGGACACGCUGGCUGGAAGAGCUCCUCUGUCAGCGCACGUCAAGAUCGACGUGGAGGGGUCUGAGUGGAGCAUCUUGGAGCAGCUUUUGGCUAGCCCCAGUGACUUGGCCAAGGUGCGCACGCUCGACAUGGAGGUCCACUUCGGCUUCAACGCCAUGUCCGAGCGUCCCAUUCAGAGCAGCGACGAGUACACCAGGCUGCUGCGGGAGGUCCGGAUCAUGGAGGAGCUCGGAAGGCGCAUGCAGGUGACGGGGUCGACGCUGGAGGUGUACCGCCAAGGCUGGCUCCCCGAGCAGGACUGCCCGCUGCACAACUGCGGGGAGCCGCCGGUGCACACGGCGGGCGGCUUCUCCGUGCAGCAGUUCGCCGUCAGCUACGUCAACCGCGCCUACCUGCCUGGCAGGCUCCGGCAGCCCGCACCGCAAGCCUGCCACCACCGCCGGGCCCCCGAGGGCCUCCGAGAUCUGCUGGAGUCUGGCCGAUGCCUGCGCCCUGGGCGUGGCAGGAGGAGGAGGAGGAGGAGGAGGAGGAGGAGGAGGAGGAGGAGGAGGAGGAGGAGGAGGAGGAGGAGGAAGAGGAGGAUUACGCUGUAA